AUGGCAUCCUCACCAGUAGUCCGACAGGCAUCUUCAGCAGAUGUUCCUCAAAUCCUAAGCUUCAUUCGCGAUGGCGGAGAAGAGCAAUCUCCCGGAACCCAUAUCGCCGCGACAGAGGAAACGCUGUUGAACACUCUGUACCUUUCAGACGUGUCAGACAACAAGCUUCGCUUCGGCAGACCACUAAUCAUCUACUCACCCGAGGGAAAACCCGCCGGACUUUUGAUCUACUUCUUCAACUACACAACAUGGGGGGCUGCACCUGGAGUCUGUAUGGAGGAACUGUACGUCGUUCCUGAGUACAGACGACAUGGUUAUGCCCGACUGCUUGUCCAGGCUUUAGCCAAAGCCGCUAAAGAAGCUGGCUGCGUGAAGAUGGAAUGGCUUUGUCUUGUGGAUAAUACAAAGGCUUUGAAGUUUUAUGAGAAGUUGGGUGCUAUACGGAAGCAUGAUUGGGCUGUGCUUAAGGUCGAUGAGGAUGGUAUUGAUCGAUUGAUGCGGAAUGAUUGA